AUCGCUAACUGACAGUGAAAUCGACUGUGCUCAGAUUUAAAAAAAUUUUUUGGCUGCAAACAUUUACACUUGCUAUAUCACUGUUGAGUCACUGUAAUGACCACAAGCCACUUGAGAUGUUAUAGAUUGACUCCAGAGAUCCAGAGAAAGAUACUUCAGCUACAGAGGUACAAUUUCACUAUCAUCCACAGGCCAGCCAAGAACAUUCCUGCUGCAGAUAUUCUCUCCAGAUAGUUACUGUCUGAUCAGAGUAACAGCCUCACACAAGGCAUGGACAUGCAGGUAGAUACUGUAUACAGCAGCUCACCUGUCAGGGACACUAAGCUGAAAGAGAUCAGAGCAGAGAUUGAAAAGAGACACAGAGCUCAUGCUACUGAGGAAAACAAUCAAAGAAGUAUGGCCUGAGGAGAGGAGCAUGUGCCCUCAGAGCAUAGCAGAAUAGUGGGGGUGAACUUUCACAGAUAAAUGACAUCAUAUUCAAGAAUGAGAACAUCAUCAUCUCAACCUCACUGCGUGCAGAGAUGUUUUCCUGAAUACAUGCAUUAUAAGUAUAAUUUGGUAAAAGAAAUAAAGUACGUGUUUACAGCUUGAGUGUACUACCCAGCAAAGGAGAGCACUCCAUUUGCUUGUGAGUAUGUACACUUGUCUUCUAUGGUGGAAAAGAUACAGUAAUGACAAUCAAAAGGAAUUCUAGACAGCUUUUAAGACAACAUCAGCAAACUUAUCGAAGACAAAUACGUCACUGAGAUGGGGAGAUUCUACCCUCCACUCCUCUGCAAAUGGAACAUCUAAUGGCACUCGUACACUGUUGUACAACCCUGCAGCUAAUUACCGCAACACCUGAUUUGGUGUGAAUACAGCCUUACACAAGCUUUCUGUGUAUCAAAAUCAGUUCUUUUCAAUCAAAUCUGACGACUGUCACUGCCUUUUAUUAAAUCAAAUAAUAAUCAAUUUCUCAAACUGCACAGUAACUUUUAUUCUUGUAUUUUAAACCUGUCCUAUUUAAGCUUGUUUUUAUUUUCUAUUCUCUUGGCUCUUUAAUGGCUGUUUUCCACAGAAUUCAAUGUCCUUUUAUAUGUGUUUCUUUUGCACUUGGUCUGUUUAUGAUAUUUCAAGUAGAGCACUUGGAAUGGCCUUGUUGUUGAAAUGUGCUAUGUAAAUAAACUUGCCACACCUUACCUAUGAUAUGACAACAAAUGUCCCUAUUGGAUGCACAACAGUGCUUGACUGUAAUUGGUCCAUAGCACAUGCAGACAGACAAAGUUAGUGCAGUAGUGUGUGUGUGUCAAGUUCAGCUUCCUGCAAGACAGCCAACCUGCAUGUGUAUAUUGAAUUAAUACUCUGAGUUGUGGCACAUUGUCGUCUGGAGUAAUCUAUGCACAUACUGAACUAAACAAGACAACAUCCUCUAAAGAACUGUGGCCAUGGUGUCAGCUGACAAUCUCACAACAUAUUUAUUAGAGGUAAUCCUGUCACACAUGGCCUUAACCUGUGCUUCACUUCUGGCCACUCUCACUGUCAUCCGAUGGUACAUCAGAGAUUCCUGCAAGGUUGAUGGCUCCAACCAGAAGCAUGUGUUCAUCACAGGCUGUGACAGCGGCUUUGGGAAUCUGCUGGCCAGGCAGCUGGAUGGAAAAGGCUUCCACGUCAUAGCUGCAUGUCUCACAGAGAAAGGUGCAGCAGAUUUGGCAGCAGCAGCCUCCCCCAGACUGAAGACUCUCCUGCUGGAUGUUACAGACAGCGGGAGCAUCAGGAGGGCGGUGGAGUUUGUGAGCAAAGAGGUCGGAGAGCGAGCAGGUCUGUGGGGUCUGGUGAACAAUGCCGGCAGGUCCAUACCCAUGGGUCCAACAGAAUGGAUGCAGUUGGAAGAUUUCUCUAAGGUUCUGGAUGUGAAUCUGAUCGGCCUCAUUGAUGUGACGCUCCAGUUUCUGCCCCUGCUGAAAAAGGCCCGGGGCAGGGUGGUCAAUGUGGCCAGUGUUAUGGGCAGAGUUACUCUCACUGGUGGAGGAUACUGCCUGUCCAAAUGGGGAGUGGAAGCCUUCUCUGACGGCCUCAGGAGGGACAUGCGGCCCUUUGGUAUCAAAGUGAGUAUUAUCGAGCCUGGUUUCUUCAAGACAGGUGCAAGCAGGCCGGAUGUUGUUGAAGCUGACCUGAGGAGACUGUGGACCCGCCUCCCUCAAGAUGUCAAAGACUCCUAUGGACACACAUUCUUGGAUGACUAUCUGAAAACUCAGGACUUCUCCUUGGGCAUCCUGUGCAGUCCAGAUCUCUCCAAGGUGACCAGGUGUAUGGAGCACGCGCUGACAGCUCGCUUCCCACGCACACGUUACAGUGCAGGCUGGGAUGCCAAGUUUUUUUGGAUUCCUCUGUCCUACUUCCCUUCAUUUGUGUCAGACUUUGUUAUCAGUGCGCUUCUUCCUUCACCUAAGGCUGAAAGACAUCAGCUAAGCUAAACAGCACAAGAGACAUUUCUGAAAGUGAUAAAACUAAAAUAUUGUGACAACAAGGUCAAAAAAGUGUCUAGAUUAUGCUACAAAAUAUAAAAUGUAUUUAUUCACAUCUAAGCAGCAAUUUAAACCA